AUGUAUCUAAAGCCCUCUAAUGAAAGUACAAAACCUUCUCAUCCAAUGUUCGGAGAAACCUACACGCCACCCUCCAAACAUAUGAAAAGACCUAACUGUCUAACCAUUUUUCAUUACCAUAUUUUUCUAAAUUUACGGGAUCAAUCAGACAAUUCAAAUUUUUGGGAGAUACAAGAAAUUUCAAGGGCAUAUCGGAUAUUUCGCGAAAUCAAUGAGGACCAGAGGUCUGGACGGGCCACAAAUAGAGCAACUGCUCUUGCUCGAGCUGCUGAUGAGGCGCAGGCCUCAGAGUUACAAGCUGGACGUCUUCCUCUGACCGGUUCCAACCGGAAACGGAUGGCGGAGCAACAGGCGGUGAGGGGGUUCCGCGCACCUUGCCGCUUGACUGGUAGAGUUUCCAUUACUGCUGCGGAGGAGCAGGUGGUUCAGGUUGAGGUGGCAGAGGUUGAGAAGUCGGUACCUGAAGUCGGGGAGCCGGUGGUUGUUGUUGAGGAGCCGGUGGCUGUUGCUGAGGAAGGGGUGCCUAGAGUUGAAGAGCCGAUGGAUGUGGUUGAGGAGGGGGUUGCUGAGGAUCAGAAGCGGGUGGUGCAGGAGACAGACACCACCACCAGUGCAUCUACGGAACCAUCAGUACACACUGAUGGAUCUUUCCCUGGAGGACCUUCUGACAGGUUCGUGUUGACAGGAUACGCUGACCAUGUCGCUUAUAAGAUAUGGGAGGACGAGGAGCAUCCAGUGCUGAAGGUCGCUUCUCACGGGUCGAAUUUGAAGAACUUCCCCGAGAGACCGAUGCCUGAGCAGGUGAGGAGGAUAGUUCGGGAUUUCCAUCUGAUGGACUUUUCUUGGAGCUCCCUGACGAUGUUGGACGCCUCUCUGUUAUCAGAAUUUGUUGAUAGGUCGCAUCCGGAGAAAUCAUCCUUCCAUAUUUCUUUUGGGGAGAUGACGGUGACUCUGGACGAUAUGCAUUCCCUAUUUCACCUUCUGAUUGCUGGUACGUUUUUCACACCAGUUCUUAGGGACCAGGCGAUGGCGGUGCACAUGGUGAUGGAGGAUUUUGAGAUUAAUGAGGUGGUUGUGCUUAAGGAUUUUGGUGAGACUCGGGACUUCCGCAUUAGGAUGUCUUGGUUGAGGAAGAUUUAUCAGGAGCUUACCGAUGCAGGGAUGUACGAGGCUACCGCUAGGGCGUACAUGCUACAUCUAGUGGCAUGUACUCUCUUUGCGGACAAGUCUGGAGUUCAUAUUGAUGUCCUCUAUCCCUCUCUAUUUAGCGCCCUUGACACCCCAUGUUGGGCUUGGGGAGUGGCGUGUUGGAUCUACGAGCAUUUCCCUCACAUCUGUGAGCGGAAGAUCCAGCGUUGUUCGGCUGCUGACCCAUGUGCAAAGAGGUGGAAGGCCAAACAGGCCGUUCCAGGAGGAUUGGUUGAGUACAGGCGGAGGUUGGAUGCUCUGACGCUGGAUGAUGUCAUCUGGACACCGUAUACGGAUCACCGCGCUCAUCGUCCUUUUGAUGUAUCUUCCUUAUAUUCAGGUUAUGUCAGAUCGGAGAGCCACGUGGCUAGACACUUGCCUGAGAGGUGUCUACGUCAGUAUGGUUAUAUACAUGGCAUCCCACGUCAGGUCCCAGAGGCUCCAGCUGGUGGCAUUGAUAGAUGGUUUCAGAGUCGCGUCUUCAGCCCCCCGUGA